GUGAACACACACCGGAGAGCGCACGGACCAACGGAAUGCCAUUAUUUGACACGAUAUUCUGCCUUGUUGUUUGUUUCUUUUUAUUUUAAGACAAGUACACAAUACUUCUCAUAUUUGUCAAGUCGUCGUUUGCGCGUAAAGGACUCGCGAUCCUGCUGGGGUUUCGAGCAACACCGAUUCGGUGACGGAACGAUGUGGAGACGGAGUGUACGUUCUUCUUCAUAGACACUGUAACAGCUCUCUUUCUCUGGACUACAGGCAGAGCUGAUGUUUCAACUGGAUAUUUCACGGGAUAUAAUGUCGUUUGGCUCUAUACUGAAAACACUGGAUAUCUCUAAAUGAAAACUGAACACCCGCCCCGUCGCUGCCCUCGACAGGUCUCUGAUCCGCCCCGAUCCAGAUGAGCGAACUGCCUCCUGGAUUUGCAGUCAGUCCACGGAACCAGCAGACCUUUAAAAGUCAUUACAUUACCAACGAUAGUUCGCCCACUUGUUUAGGACUCCAGGUCGACUCGAUCGCCUCACUGCCGUACCGUGAUCCCGCGCGUCAGGAGAAAAGGCUGCCUAUACGGAUUCUCAAAAUGUUGACCGCUCACACAAGUCACAUACUUCACCCAGAGUAUCUCCAGCCGCUCAGCUCGGCGCCCGUGAGCAUUGAGCUGGAUGCUAAAAAGAGUCCCCUAGCAUUGCUGGCUCAGACCUGCUCUCAGAUCGGAAAGCCAGAUCCUCCUCCCUCCUCUAAACUGGGAUCCCUCUCCUCCAGCAGCCAUGGAGACAAGGACAGCCGCUCCAGCAGCUCUAGCCUGAAGUCUGGGGAGCAUCAGAACCUAGAUGACAAGUCCAGCUUUAAGCCUUACUCUAAAACUGGAUCAGAAUGCCGAAAGGAGGGUGCUGGGAUCAACAGCUCAGCAGAUAAAGCGGGGUUCAGAGUGCCAAAUGGCAGUUCUUCAUCUGUGACGUGCACGUCUUUACCUCCGCAUGCCCCAUCUCCACGGGCCAGCUCCCCUCAGCAAACAUCUGGACAGUCACACACACACCGGCAGUCUCAGUCUCCUCUUUCACAGAAAACAGCACAUCUACAAACCACCCACAUGGACUCCAAAGCUGCAGGUUCAGACCCAGGGAAUGACAGCAGCAGCAGUGGUAGUGAUCGCAAUGGCAAAAAAGAUUCGGACCACAAUAAAUCAAGCCUGGACGUUGUACAAAUCGCCAACUCCAGUCAUGCACGUGCUAGUGUGAACUCUAGCAGUGCCAGUUCCUCCAGCAGUCCUCAACCGGACAGUAAGACUGACUCCCAACCCCCUCAGCCCAGCCUGGGCACAGGCCACAUCGCCCCUGUGUCACCCUUCAAACCAGGCCACUCCGUUUUUCCCCUCCCGUCCUCCACCAUGGGCUACCACGGCUCCAUUGUCGGGGCCUAUACCGGCUAUCCAUCUCAGUUUGUGCCUGGGUUGGAUCCAGCGAAAUCUAGUUUAGGGAUGGGUGUUCCAGGAAAGCACCCCAGCUCCAGUCCUCUCACAGGGGCCUCACCUCCCUCUUUCAUGCAGGGCUUGUGCAGGGACCCAUAUUGCCUGACCUACCCCAAUGCACCCCACCUCGGGGGCAGCAACUGCUCUUCCUGCGUUCACGAUCCAUCAUCAGCCCUUAAGUCUGGCUUUCCUCUAAUGUAUCCCACCCAUCACCUCCACUCACUCCACCCCAGUUCUCUGUCCUCUAGUGCCACCUCAUCUCUGUCCCAUCCUCUGUAUACCUACGGUUUCAUGCUGCCCAAUGAAACACUCCCUCACGCCUGUAACUGGGUCUCAGUGGGUGGCCCAUGUGACAAACGCUUUGCCACCUCAGAGGAACUCCUGGCCCAUUUGCGUACACACACGGCUCUGCCAGGUGUGGAUGGGAAGCUGCUUUCGGGCUAUCCUUCUUCUGUUUCCUCUGCUGCUUCCUGCCACCUCCACUUGCCUCCUCCUAGCAGCCCAGGGGCACUUCCAAGUUCCCUGUCCCUGCGAGGGUCACCUGGUCUAGGUUUGGCAAGGUAUCACCCCUACGGGAAGGCACAUUUGCCAGGAGCUCCAUCCCUACCUAUGCACUCUCUCCCAGCCACAGCGCCCUACUAUUCUCCCUAUGCUCUAUAUAGCCAGAGACUGGGCUCAGCUUCUGCUCUUGGGUACCAGUGAUUAAAAGACUAAGGACAGUGUAAAGUUAAUGGCAUGAGCUCGCUGAAAAGCACAGGAACAAGCAGGAUUCCCCUCUAAAGAAAGAAGCAAAUAACGGCUCAUCACAUCCAUUGAGGAAUAAAAUCUCAUCUGCUUUGGAUGACUGUUAAUUAAUGGUCAUCCAAAUUUCUAUUAGGAUAUUAGGGAACCCCUAUGAACUUUAGGCGGAGCGCUAAUGAGAAUGCCGGAACUCCAUUUACUUUAUCUGAUCAAUUUUUCUUUUUUUUUUUCUCCAAUUUACCAAAAGUGUAUAUUUAUUUUUCACUUGAGCGCUUGACUGUUUCUAUGGGACAUUUGCUGCCAAAUUUCAUUCUAUAUCAUUUUCACAAAGACGCAGUAUUUUCACAGUAUGAAUAUGGUUGCUCCCAUAAUACACUUUGUAAUAAUGAAAUGACGGACUACAACAAAUUGUCUCUCUGACAUACAGUCUUUCUGUUAAUGUCACUUUCUUUCAUGCGUUACAUCUGUGCAACUCAGUCUCUUUAUUGGAGAAUGGAUGAGCAUGACUUGGUCAACAGCUACUUUGUUCCUUAUGAUUUGGCGUUUAUUUUGUACUUGUACAGUUCAAAGAAUAAAACAGAAAGAUGUGAUAUAUUUUCUAUUGUAGCUGACUCUGCAAGUUGGGGAUGGAUAUGGAGAAGGGGAAAAGAAUUCAAAUAAGAGUACUAUGUUGUGAUGGCAGCGCUAUCCAUUUAAUAAAGUCUUAUUUUGUGUAAUAAAUGAUACUUGAUUACAUUUA